AUGGCAUCAACCUCUGCCUUAUCUCAGCAUUCGAGCAGAAAAUCAAGCCCCUUGGAAAAUGAAGAAGGAAAAUGGAUGAUGCCCUAUGUAGCCCCAAGUGAUGAUGCUAAGGAAGAAAUUACACCUUACUCCUUGCUUACUGUGAGAAUCAUAAAGUUGAAAAAUGCUCAUCAGGCGGAUUUUUUAAGCCAAUCUGACUGCUAUGUGAGGCUCUGGUUGCCAACAGCUUCAGAUGAAAUAUUCCACACCAAAACCAUCAAAAACUGCGGAAAUCCUGUGUGGAAUGAAACUUUCUACUUCCGGAUACAGAGAAAAGUCAAGAAUGUUCUGGAAAUUACUGUUUCUGAUGAUGACAUCAUUCACGAUGAUGACCAUGCAAUUGUGCUUUUUGAUGUAGCUAAAAUCCCCCUUGGGGAAAGAGUUUUUACAGCAUUCCCACUAACCCCAGAGGGGAAGGAGGAGCUGGAAGUUGAAUUUGUAUUGGAGACCAUCCAGGGUCCUCCUGAAACCAUCAUCACAAAUGGGGCAAUAGUGUGUCGUGAAGAAGCCUGUUUGGAAGUUCACUUGGACAGCAGGAGGCAAAAGAAGCGUUUUUCAGAGAAUGAGCUAACAUUUACAGUGAGAGGAUCCUUUGAAGAAACUCAGACAGUUUCAGUGGGCUGUGACUCCCGCUCCCCUCUCCCAGAUCCCACUUUCUUCCACUAUGCCAGAUACAAACAACCCUCCCUGGAUGUUGCACUCAGAAAGAAGAGGAAGCUUCCCACCUUUUGUGCUUGCAUGUCAUGUGGACCAAGGAGGAGAAGUGUCCCCUUGACAAUCCCUCUGAAGUCACUCCCCUCCGAGCAGGAAGUAGUUGGCGAGCACAGAAAAUUUGAUUUUCUCCUUAAGGUGAAAAAAUGCCAGGAAGACCUCGACGUACGCCUGGGGUUUGGUCUGUGUGCCCAGGAACACGAUUUCAUUCGCAAGAGGAAGAAGGUGGUUGCAGCUGCUUUGAAGGACAUUCUGCAUCUGGAAGAGGACUUGCAGGAUGAUGAGGUACCUGUGGUGGCAAUCAUGACAACGGGAGGUGGAACCAGAGCUCUGACAGCCAUGUAUGCUCACCUCCUCAGUGUGCAGGAAAUGAAUGUCUUGGACUGUGUCUCAUAUAUCACUGGUUUAUCUGGAACAACAUGGACCAUGUCAAACUUGUAUGAAGAUCCUGACUGGUCCCAAAAGGAUCUCAAGGAAACCCUCAAUGAUGCCCGAAAGCAUGUACUAAAAAAUAAGUUUGUUGCUUGUUUUGCCCCUGAUCGUCUGAAAUACUAUUUGGAAGAGUUGUGCCAGAGAAAACAGGAAGGACAUCAGCUGUGUUUCACAGAUCUGUGGGGACUCAUCAUUGAAACCAUGUUACAUGAUAAGGAGGACUGCCAUAAGCUCACAGAUCAGCAGCAGGCACUAAGUCAGGGUCAAAACCCCCUGCCCAUCUACCUCUCUCUCAAUGUGAAGGAUAAAAUCAGCGACCAGGAUUUUAGAGAAUGGGUGGAAUUCACCCCUUAUGAGGUAGGAUUCCCAAAAUAUGGUGCCUUCAUCCCUGCAGAAGAUUUUGGCAGUGAAUUCUUCAUGGGUCGCCUGAUGAAGAAAGUCCCAGAAUCCAGAAUCUGCUUUUUGGAAGGGAUCUGGAGCAGUGUAUUUUCCUUGAAUCUCAUGGACGCUUGGUAUAUAUCUGUUAAUUCAGAAGACUUCUGGCACAAAUGGACACGAGACAAAAUUACUGACAUAGAUGAUGAAGCCCUAUUCCCUACAAGACCAAAUGAGCUGGAUACUCGAGUGGUUUGUCCUCCUGACAGCUUUUCAGAAAUAUUCCGAGAUGUUGCAAUGUUACGUCCAGCAGCCUCAGAAAUCCAUAACUUCCUGAAAGGCCUCCAGAUAAACAACAACUACCUAGAGAGCGAGUUUUCCAAGUGGAAAGACUGCGAGCUGGACUCCCAGCCCAACCACCUGACAACAGCAACAGACUACCUCAUCCUGAUUGAUACUGCAUUUGCCUUUGCUACCAGUUACCCACCCCUUAUGAGGCCAGAAAGGAAAGUGGAUGUCAUUUUGCAUUUCAACUACAGCUCAGGCUCACAGACAGGGCCCCUGAAAGAUGCCUCCAAAUACUUCAAGAAACAGGGAAUUCCUUUCCCUACAAAGGUGCCAGAUGAUCAGGAAACUCCACAUCUAAAGGAAUGCUACAUUGUUGGUGAUAAAGAGAGCCCAGAAACACCUAUUGUGGUAUUUUUCCCUCUAGUAAAUGACACUUUCAGGGAAUACAAAGCACCCGGUGUGAAGCGCAGUCCCUCAGAGAUGGCAGAGGGCGAGGUUGAUGUUGCCAAUGCCUGUGGCCCAUAUUACAUAAACAAUCUGAGCUAUUCAGAAGAAAAUUUUGACAAACUGGUGAAUCUAAGUUACUACAACGUCCAGAACAACAAAGAUCUGAUUCUUCAGGCCUUGCGUACAGCUGUGGAGCGGAAAAAGCAGCGUAAGAAAGAGCAAACGCUGCAAAAACCACCCAACGGCCAUGGCAUGCGUGUGACUGCCAGAGAGGGAACCCAGCACUUGGCUGGCUGCCCAGCACCGGGAAUAUGA